CGAAAGAGGAAAUCACAAUUCACUAAAUACUAUUAGGAACGAUUUAUUUCAUAUUAGUUUCCGCAUUGCUAGCUAUUAAGCGUAACGAAUUGCGUCAUAUUUAGGAAAAAAUAAUUUUCAAAACUCAGCAGUGACCAGGGAAAUGCACAAAAUCUGGGAAUUAGGAAUGUUAAAGAGCAAAAUCAUUCAACCGAAAUGAAAACUUGAUGGAAAAGGCAAUCUAAGACCAAACUAUCUACCAAAGUCCUAGCUACCUCUUGCAUAAACACAUCAUAGCUAUCCCUUGCAUAAACGCAAGUAAUGCGCAAUUCUACACAAAAUACAAAAAUAGUACUCUGAUUUUACAAAUCAACACGAUGACAGCUGCUUCUCUGUCACAAGAGGAAGAAAAUUAUGUAAGGAUGAGCUUGUUGCUGACUGGAAUUUCUCCACGUGGAGUGAGAUCUUUGUUUGAUCGCGAAUUUGCUCCAUCAUGUCUGGAUGCCACAAUCAAGAAAGAGUAUAACAAACUGAAUUACCUUAAAUUGAAGCGCGUAAUAAAUCAAUGUCAGUGGAAUCUUUUGUUCCCAAGAUGUUCCGGUGUUCCUGAUUCAAAAACGUUUGACGUCACGUUGAUGAUAACAUUAUUGAGAAAUCUAACUCCCAUGAUUCCUCCUGCUGGUGGAUAUGACUGUUUACCAUCAACAGUUGAAGUCACACAAGGUGCUGAUUUGUCAAGAAUAAAGUAUUACAGGAACUACUUGGCUCAUCUUGAUGAUGGGAAAAUAGACACUACAUUCUUCAAUACUGCCUGGACUGAUAUAACAGGUGCUAUUGCUAGACUAGGAGGACGCACAAUGGAACAGGAAUGUUAUCAGUUGAAAACCAAACUUUUAGAUCAGACCAACCAAGAAAUAAUAAUGGAUAUCAAACAUUCUAAGGAUGAAAUCAAAGAAAUAAAAGGAUCAUUGGAAGAAUUGAAAUCGUCUCAUUUAAAAAUCAAGAAAUCACAUGAACUACUGCAAGAAAAUUACGAAGAAGGAACUAAACGCUAUUCACUGCUUCAAGAAGACUAUGAAGAAAUGAAGAAUUCCUAUGCAUCGCUCCAAAAAAAACUUGCAAACUCUCAGCAGGAUACAGUGCCAUGGAAUGUAAGAGCACAAAUCAACAAAAAUCUUGAAAAAUGGAAAAAUAAGGAUAAGAUGUUUGUAAGCACAAGAGCUGCCAAAUACGUACUGCAACUUUUACAAGGCAACAGUUGCGUUACCAUAACAGCUAGUUCUGGUGUAGGGAAGACUGCAACACUCCAGCAUGUGGCUUUACAAAUGAAUGCUCAUGGGUACGACAUACUUUUAGUGACAGAUCCAGGUGACAUUGUCAAAUAUUACAAUCCAAACCAGAAAACAUUGUUUGUUAUAGAAGAUUUAUUUGGGAAUUUUUCUGUGAGCCAGAAUGAUAUCAAACUUUGAGAAUCCGUCAGUGGUCCUAUAAAAGAGAUAACUGAAGAUAAACAAACAAAAAUAAUGGUAGCAUGUAGAUUGCAAGUGUACCAAGAUAACAACUUUGACACAUUAUCAAUUUUUAAUUCAUCUGUGUGUAAUUUUUUGUCAGUUGAUAUGUGCUUGACAAAAAAAGAGAAACAAUCAAUAGCUGAGGUAUACCUCGAAACAAAAGCUAUUGAGAUUUCAGAUUAUUAUGAUUUGUACGAUUGUUUUCCACUUUUAUGUCAAUUGUAUUAUGAAAAUCCUACCAACGACAUAAAACAUUUUUUCCAGCAUCCUUAUUCAGUUUAUGAAGCACAGGUUGACCAGCUACAAAAGAGAAGAUGUUUUGGUAAAUACUGUGCUUUGGUUUUAUGUGUCAUGUUCAAUAACAAACUGAACGAAGAUAUGUUAACGAAGGAGAUUGAUGAAGAAACAAAAACUAUCAUAGAGAACACGUGUGAAACGUGUAAACUGGACAGAGGAACAUCAAGACUUUUUUUGAAAGAUGAAAUGGAUUCCCUUUUAAAUACAUUAUUAAAAAAACAAGACAAAUUAUAUCCAACAACAGAAAACAACAAACUUAUAUUAAAAACUAAAAGCUUCUACACAACUAUUCAUGAUAAAAUAUUUCACUUUCUAGCUAAAUACUUUGGACAGAAAAUAAUCGGCUGUCUGAUCAAGAAUGCUGACAGCUGCUUGAUACGGGAAAUAUUUUUACUGGAAAGAAUAGACGCCACAGAUCAGUCUAUCACGAGUGUGCCCUCUGAGUACCACCAACUAUACAUGCAGAGAAUGAUUGACGACUGGUCAAAAGGGAAACUACAAGAUGUAUUUAAUAACAAAAACAUGAAAAUGCGUCAUUUCAGACAAAGGUUUCUGUGUUAUUUGAAUACAUUAGAUGUAGGUUACCAAAAGCAAUUGGUACAUGCCUGUGAUACUGAUUAUAAAAGAUGUAUACGUGAAAUGUUAUACUACAGGGAUAUUGUAUGUGACACUGUCAUGCUACAUUGUUGUUCGAUUGGAGACAUGAAUAUGAUCCAGUGGUGUUGCAGUCAUGGUGUUGAUGUAAACGAAAGUGGAAUUUGUGGCCAGUCGCCUCUGAUGAUUGUUUGUAGAUAUGGCCAUACUGACAUAGUGAGAAUGUUUUUAAACAAAGCAGCAGAUUGUAAUAAAUGUGACGAAAUUGGUCAGUCGCCUACACUAAUGGCUUGUAUACAUGGUCACACAACCAUAGUAAGGAUGUUAAUAGACAACGGCGCAGAUUACAGUAAAUGUGACAAUCUUGAACAGUCACCGCUGUUUAUGGCAUGUAAACAUAAUCAUACAGACAUAGUUGAAAUGUUGAUAAACAGAGAAGCAGAUUAUAAAAAAUGUGAUUUGAGAGGUCAGUCGCCUGUAAUUAUGACAUGUUUACAUGGGCAUUUAGAAAUAUUAAAGAUGAUGUUGGAGAGAGAAGCAGAUGAUAGCAAAUGUGACAAUACUGCUGAUUUACUUGUCAUGAUGGCAUGUAAACUUGGCCAUACAAGUAUAGUUAAAAUGCUGUUAGACAAAGGAGCAAAUCAAAAUACAAGUGACAUACUUGGUCAUUUCCCUUUAUUUAUUGCUUGUAAACAUGGUCAUACAAAAAUAGUAAGAAUGCUGUUAGACAUUGGAGCAAAUUAUAAAAAAUGUGACAACGAUGGAAUGUCACCGGUAAUGAUUGCUUGUAUGCAUGGUCAUACACAAAUAGUUGCUGUUGGACAAUGGAGCAAAUUAUAAUGCGUGUAACAAUAAUGGUGAGUCAUCUUUAAUGCUAGCUUGUAUGCAGGGUCAAACAGAAAUAGUAAGAAUGUUAUUUGAGAAAGACGUAGAUUAUAAUAGAUGUGACAAUGAUGAACAGUCACCAGUAUUGAUGGCUUGUAUGCAUGGUCACACAGAAAUAGUAAUGAUGUUGUUAGACAACGGAGCAGAUUAUAAUAAAUGUGACAUAAGAGGUCAGUCACUUGGAAUGUUGGCGUGUAUGCAUGGUCAUACAGAAAUAGCAAAACGAUUAUUAGAUAAAGGAGCAUAUUAUUAUAUUGGUGGCACAGGGGAUUGGUUACCUUUAAAUAUGGCUUGUAAAUAUGGUCAGACAGAAAUAGUGAGGAUGUUGUUUUACAACGGAGUAGACCAUGAAAAAUGUGACUCAAGAGGCCGGUCACCUUUAAUGAAGGCGUGUGGACGUGGUCAUAGCGAUGUAGUAAGAACGUUUUUAGACGAAGGAGCAGAUUAUGAUAAAUGUGACUCAGACGGCCAGUCACCUUUAAUGAAGGCGUGUAGACAUGGUCAUAUAGAUAUAGUAAGAAUGUUGUUAGACAAAGGAGCAGAUCAUGAUAAAUGUGAUGCUAAUUACCAGUCAUCGUUAAUGAAAGCAUGUAGACAAGGUCAUUCAGAUAUAGUUAGGAUGCUGAUAGACAGAGGCGCAUAUUAUAAUUAUCAUUAUGACAAAUGGAACCAGUCACCUGUAUUGUUGGCUAGUAGAACUCGUCAAAUAGAAACAGUGCAAAUGUUGUUGGACAAAGGAGCAGAUUAUAAUAUGUGUGACCAUCUUGGGCAGACGCCGAUACUAAUGGCCUGUAAAACUGGCCAAACAAAAGUAGUAAGAAUCUUGUUGGACCAAGGAGCAGAUUAUAAUGCAUGUGACAAUUUUGGGCAGACACCGAUACUGAUGGCUUGUAAAACUGGUAAAACAGAACUCGUAAAAAUGUUGUUGGACAGAGAAGCAGAUUAUAGAAUAUGUGACAAGUAUGGACAAACGCCUAUAAAGAUGGCUGACAAAUACUGUCAUUUAGCAGUUUUGCGGAUGUUGUUAGACAAAGUUAAUGUGUAAGAUUUUUAAUCUUCAUUUGCUAAUGUUGUAUUUGUCAUAUUGAAAAGGAGAGACCGUAGAAAUCAUUAACGGUACAAAUUCCACUGCAACAGAUGUCAACUUCUGCACUUAUUAUUUGUUCGGCGAUUUAAGAGUCUAACACAUUGGAUAUUCCAAAAUCUAAUACAAACGUUAAAAACAAUAUUACCCCCCCCCCUAAAAAAGCACAAGCAUAGCAAAAACCGGACAAAGAAUCAGAGCAAUGCAAAAGGAGAUAUACCCUUUAAUGUUUGACUAUAAAUAGAACUGAAACAGAUAAAGAAUAUGCACAUCAAUAACAUAAUAUUUCUGUUCAAGGAAACAAUGAAUUUGUAUUCAAUGAUCAUCAAUGUCUGACAGUUAAAGAAGAAUCAUGAAUCAAUACCACUAUAUUUUUUACUUUAUAUAAGAUUUACAAUAUAAGAAGUGCUGAUACAAUGACGAAAUAAUGAUUGUAAUUUGUUUCAUAUCUAGAAAGUUGCUUUACUUUCAAUGUUAUGGUUGUUUUUUAAUGCCUGUGGCUGGUUAAAAUAUAUGCUAUAUCCUUUUUUUCAAUUAUUAUCAUUAAAGAUGUUGAUUUGGAUAUAUAUGUAUGUGUUUAAGUACGUCUAUGUUUUCCUUCAAUGGGAUAGAAUAUGAGGAUUCACCGACUGUAAUACGUAUAUUUUGGUCAGUUAUUCUCCCGUGCUGUACAAGCAUAUAUAAGAAUAAAUGAAGUGCGGAAUAUGUUUUUAUGAUAUUCAGUAUUUAUCCUGCAAUUAGCCAUCUAUUAUACAAAUAACAGGUAUACAAAUAAAUUUUUGCUUUAUUUGUACAUGUACAAAUAAAGCCUCCUGUUACCCCACUUCCAUGUUGAGCAAGCGGUAAUAUGAAUAUUUCUGUUUCCGAACCAGUUCAUUUUGGGGUUCUCUUCGCGGUCCGCGUUUCAACCAUGUCGAUUUCAUUGAGAAAUUAGAGACAAUGAUUUAGAUUUUAAUAACUGAAGUUUCAAGUGUUGGGAGUAAUUUCAGGAUAAACACAAUAUAUGUACAUUGUCGGAAAUAUAAAAUUUAUUUGUACUCGCUUUGAAACAGGAGAAAAGCUCGGCGGAGCCUCGCUUUUCGUCCUGUUUCUAAAGCUCAUACAAAUAAAUUUUAUAUUUUCCGACAACAUACAUAUAUUGUAUAUUUAUAGAGUAAUGAACAUACAUUUUUAGUUUAAGAUUUAUAACGAUGAUUGAUUAACAUGUGUCACGAUUCACUUUAUAUAUGGUACUGAUAGUUUGAACAUCGAUAAAAUAUUAUUCUUUUUGUCGCGUUAUUCCAAUAUAGUUAAUUAUCUAAAUAUUAAAGUAGAAUAUUUA